GAUCGACUCGACAUCCUCAACAUUCCAAAGAGAGAACGAUAUAGAGCACUAUCUGAACGAUCGCAUCUCUCUGCUUCACUCUCGACCCUUUCUUACUCACCACUAAUGUCUGACGACCACACAUUCCACCUCUCAUGCCACUGUCAAUCCAACAUUCUCCGUAUCACGUACCCUGCAGACACCGAACCAUUCAACAAGAAUCAAGUAUGUGAUUGCUCCUACUGUCUCAAGAAAAGGAUCGUAUGGUCCAUCGCUCCUGCAGGCAGCGUCAAAGUCCUUAGAGGUUUCGACAAGUUGAGAGAUUACCAGUUCGGAGGGAAGAACAUGCAUCAUAGGUGGUGUGGCGAGUGCGGGUCAAACCUUGUGGCGACGUACAAAGAUGCCAACCUCAACUUUGACAUGCCCAUGUACUUCAAUAUGAGGAAUAUCCGAGAUGAUCAUUUCGAUCUAUGGAAGUAUCCCGUCACACCAAUCAACUUCUCCCAAGCCGGAGAUAAAUACAAUCACCCUGAACUCUCUGAUAUUCCCGGAGCCCAAGAAUACCUGGAGAAACGAGCCCAAGGUCGCGAUGGUCCCACCGAGAUUCUCCUCGGCUCGUGCCAUUGCAAAGCUAUCAAAUUCGCCCUGAUCGACUCGCCCCUCGGUACGACUAGGAUGAAUGAUUGUGCAUGCUCCAUCUGUCUAGGUAAUGGCAGCUUGUGGAUCUAUCCACCUCGACAAGAUUUCUUUUUCUCCCCUUCAGCACCUGACGAACCAUACCAUCCUCAUCCCGAUUCGACCUUCGACUACGGCUAUUACAAGAAGGAAAAUCUCAUGUACCACUGUAGGGAAUGCGGUUGCAACUUGUUCGAGUUGGAACCUCCAGAAGGGCUUGCCAAGUAUCCACUCGAAAAGCAGAGGCUAGGUGUCAACGCCAGUCUAUUGACGAACAUUAGUGAUUACUUUGAGGAUGUAUCUGGGCUCAGUUGGGAUGACGAAAAGAGGAAAGAAGGGUAUGAGAGCAAGACAAAGACUUUGGAAAGUAUGAGGCGGGGUAGGACUAUGAAGUUGGCGGGACCGCCGCAUUACAAGUUGGACUUGUCGGAGUUCGCGUGAGGCAUGAGGCGUGAGACGUGGGGCACGGAGGGUAUGUCUCUUGUCACCUAGCAGUCAUGGCCAGUCAUUCAGUCAUUCAGUCAGUCCAGAGUUCAUCCACCUAGCCCAUGCAGAGUAAUGCCACG